CAAGAAGUAGAAAGCAAAGCAUCGAUAUCAGCGUCAUAGUAGUCGGCCAUUGCUAGGGAGUUCACUCCGAUACUAGGCUAGACAAGAUAAGCAUCUUCGUCGUUGCCCUUAUGUUCCCCUCUCCACCAUAUCGUUAACGUGAAAAAACUAUUUAGUGAUUUCGUGUUACAAUUUUGGAUGUUUCUUGAUUCAGAAGUUUUUGAAUUACAGCGGCGAUAUAUUUUGUAGAGAAUGGAGAAGAAAGUGUCUUCGACACUAAUCGCUGUUAAUGAUACUACGUUACGCGCCAAUCUUCUCGGGACAGGCCCACGACUGACGCCAACAGGGAAAAUAAGUCAUGCCAAGACUCGCGUUUAUACGCAACGAUAUCGCAAAGAAUGGGAACAGAUGCCGGAUUUCAAAGCGCGCGCCAAGUCCAUUGAAGAACAUCAGCUAUGGAGAUGGUUGACGUCUGUAGCAUUUCAACCUACACGUGCUUAUUGUACAUAUUGCAAAAAAAAUCUUCAUGCCCAUCGAUUAUCCCUUUUAAAACAUACAUGUACAAUGAAACAUCAACGAGCAGCUUUGUCGUACGAGGCGGAAGAAAAGAAAAAUAUAGUGAAAGAAAAAUGUGAACCUGCUGAAGUGGAAGAAGAAGAAGAAGAAGAAGAAGAAGAGGAAGAAGAAGAAGAAGAAGGAGAAGAAGAAGGAGAAGAAGAAAACAAUGUCGUCGAGACUUUGGAGAAUACGCAAGUUGAAACGGAAGAAAAUGAGGAUGAAAUUGAAUAUGUUGUUGAAAGAUUAGAUGAAAUAGAUGAUGUCGAAUUAACUGAAGUCCAAGAGAAACAACAGGAAGAAGAGGGGGAAGAGGAAUAUGCAGACGUCGAAGAAGAUGAACAUUUACGUAUGCCAUCUGAUGACGAAGAUAUCAAGCCUGCAUUAAAGAAAGUUAAAAUAGAAUCCGUAGAAGGCUUUCAGGUACCUGCCAGGGAUACUUUAGCACAAGCAAUGGCUCAUGUUCAUGGUGAAUUUUUAGAAGAAGUUGAUGAUCAAGAAAAUAUACAAAUGGAAAUGAUAGUUGAAUCUGAAGAAAAUGUAGAGAUACGUGAGAUACCAAAUCUCACUAAGUCUGUAGAUAAUAAUAAAAAAAUUAAAGAAGAUCGUGAGAAUAAUAGAUCUGUUCGACAUAAUGUUAAGAAUGAAAAAAGAUCUGGUGUUAAGAUAUUGCAAGAUGAAACGAAAUCUCAAACAGAUUCUGGGAUAGUUAUGGCAUGUCCUUUACCAUUAUUGGGUACAACUUAUCAAAUAAAUUCUUCGGUCGCUGGAACACCUGGUACGAUAGGAGUCUUACAACCAAUAAAUACUCUUCCAAUAGCACCUGCACAAAGUAAAACAAUUACUUUAACAUCAGGUGGCAAAACAUUAACUUUAACAGGUGGAACAUUUCAACCUGGUACUCAGUAUGUACUCAGUAAAUUAAAGGGAAAACUACCAACAUUAGUAAUGGCGGAAAAAAAACCUACUACCACGACUAAGCAGACUGAAGAACCAUUAAAGAUGGAAAAAAAAUCACAAGAACAGUUGGUCACAGCUAGUACCAGUCAGUCAUCCUCAAAGAACCAUGUUGUUUUGAAAAGUCUUAAAACUUCAUCAAAGAGACCACGCGUUUCUACUCAUGUAAUUGAUACGAGUAAAGGUAUUCCUGUUGGAGGAUUACAAGUUAGUCUUUAUAAACUUAUGGAUGGUAGAUGGACAUUUUUAAAUGAAAGCAACACUAAUCCGAAUGGUCGAUGUAUAGAUUUGCUAGAUAAUACUAAAGUUAAUUUUACUGCUGGUCGAUAUAAGAUGCAUUUUGAUAUCGAUAAAUAUUUCACUCUUAGAAAAAUAGAAACUAUGUAUCCAUUUAUUGAAAUAGUUUUUGAUGUCAAAAAUCCGGCUGGUCAUUAUCAUAUUCCAGUAUUGUUAAGCCCAUUUGGAUACAGCACUUAUCGUGGUAUUGAUAGAUGAGUUAAUAUAUGUAAUAUUGUAAAUAUAUUUCUAAUUUUGACUGUAUAAUGAAGUAAUAUAAGAAAAAAAAUAUAUACACACAUAUAUAUAUAUAUAUAUAUAUAUAUU